CAGGUCUUUCAGACGGGAAAGGAAGAUAACAGAAUUCUCACGUUGGAAAAAUGAAGCCGUCAACUUUGUGGGUGGUUGGUGUUGCUGUUCUUUUGUUUGCUAAUCUGCUCAGCGCUGUUGAUGCUGCCACAGAAUAUGAAUAUAAUAUCAUCCCGUACGAAACAUCGUGGCAAGUCUCCGAUCCCGAAGGCAACAAUUUCCAAAACUUUUUCGAGAUCAAGCUGCCGAAUGGCGACGUCUACGGGUCCUACUCGGUCCUGCUUCCGAACAACGAGAUCCACACCACCACCUACAACGUCACUGGGAACAAAGGAUACCGACAGACGAGGAGCAUCGUCAAGAUUAAUCCACUUUGUUUAUAG